AUGGAUAUUACUGCAUCGAAUAAUUUGGCAAGUGGAACAGUCAGUGAAGUACUACUCAGUGAAGGAGAAGUAGUGUUGUCACGAACGAAUGAAAAUGAAGUGUUUACCGCUGGUUAUAUUCGGGAUGUGACAGAGUCGGAAAAUGAUUCGAGCACUACCCAGAUGAAUACCAGCGAGCGAAUGUGGCAAAUGCUUUGUAACGACCUCAAGCACAAACUUAUAACGCCUGGUCAGGAAGUGGAUGUUCAAAAGGAAGAAUUUGCAGCGACACAGGAAGCUCUUGUUAAAGCUGAAGGACAAGUCGAGUUACUGCAGGCAGAGGUGACUGAAAGGAACACUGAAAUCGGUGAGCUGAAGGCGAUCAUUCAAAAUCUGCGCAGAAAAGCAGCAGAAGAUCUUGAGAAACAAAAGAUGGAAUUGCUGCAGUCUAUUAAUGAGAGCUUAGCGGCAGCAGAACACAUGUAUUGUGCAAGCCAGGCCAAAGUUGCGUAUCUUGAAACAUUGACUGAGAAGAUGUAUGCUGAUAAUGCAGGACUUCGUGAGCGCCUCAGCAGUGCUCUUUCUGAUCUCAGAAUUGCGAGAGCUGGAGCAAUAGAUUCGAAAGAAUUCUAUCGUUUGCUGAAGAAACGCCUCAUAACAAUCGUUGAGAAGUUCAAAUUGAAGGCGGAAAACCCACAACUCACAUGGAUGGGUGAAGAAAACAUUCAUUAUGCAGUUGAUGAAUUUGAAAUGGCGAUUAAAAUUAUCCUAUCUGACGAUCCUCACCUUGCUCCAUUGGCUGAACGUUUUAUGGUUUUCCUAGAAGCACGAAACGCAGAAUCGGAUAUGGAUUUUAAAUCGGAAAUGAAUUCUGAAACCCAUUUCGUGCUGCAAAAGUUUAAUAACAAUCAAACGAAGGAACUCUGUAAAGUUGUAUGGAGCAUCAUAAGUCGUCUGGAUGCUACUGAACAGCUUGAAACGCUUUUCGAAGCAUUCGAUGAUUUCCGCCGUGACAUCAAAGUAAUCAAAGAGGAGCGCGAGAAUAAGUUGAAGAAAGCUAAAACAGAACAGCUUAAGCUAAAAACAACUUGCGCUUAUGUUGAUUAUUUGAGCGGUGAGCAUAAGAAGCUUGAAAAGCAGGUUAAGAACGUUCAGUCGUGUUUUGAGAAGAUAGAGAAAGGAUUCCAUAGCACUUUAGCUAUGCAAACAAUAGACUCGGCUGCAAAUAAGACUAGAUUGAAAAGCAAUGAAAACCUAAGCGCAGCAACUCUAUGUUCGAUAAAUGGAAAAAGUGCAAAUAUGAUGAAGGAAAAUGAACAGCGUGCUAAAGUUUCUACUGGACAGGAAACGGAUUGUCAGAUAAUUCAGAAGAAGGGCAGUUUCAAGCAAGGUUUAAUGAAUUUGGGAUUGAAACUUGGAUUUAGAAAACAAGUGUCCGUCUCAACAUGA